UGCAAUGACACUGAAUUAAACGAAUUGUUGUGUGAGAUGUAUGGCAGAUGUGACUACGUUGCAAUAUGUGAUAAUAUCACCUUUUCAUUCUAUUUGAAAGGACAGUCCCGGUUGAUUAUAUAUGAAUCGUAUGUCGACUUUGGCAAUGUCACAUUAACUGGAUCGAGUAUUGCAACCUUCAAUGAAGCACAUAUUAGAAACAAAGCAGAUGAAAUACACAUCGCUUUGACAGAUCAAAGCAAAAUGGAAAUUCUUGGCGAUGUUUUGUUGGAUGUCUCUGAUCUGCAGUUUAACUCCUCGAGUGUUUUGUAUUUGAAGAAAACGGCAUUUUUAAUGAUCGAACAUGGCAUCAAAUUUUCAGAGAAGAGUUCAGCGCUACUGAGCGACGACACAGUGAUAGAGUGUGUAGAGAGUGAGGGGUGUGGUGAAAUAUCCUUUGUUGGUACUUCACAAUUUGACUGCGACAACUGUUCUGUGUAUCAUAAAGGUUUAAUGCGAUUUUCGGACUCCAGUACGAUGACAAUCAAACAGAAUUCAUCCAUUGUAAUUGACGGAAAGUUCAUCAGUGAUAACAAAGUGAAUAUUCGAGUUGAAUCAGAGAGUGAUAUCACUGUUGAUGGUAAAGCCACUUAUAUGGAGAGUUGUAAGACUGUCCAUAGUGACCAAUGUGUUGUUCUUAAGAUGAGUGGGACUCGUAUAGUAGUUAUCAACAAAAAUAUCACGAAGACCUCAUUAUUCCAAGUUAAUAAUGGUAUAGUGGAUAUCGAUGACGCAAUAAGUUUCUCUUUAUAUAAUGAUUGUUUUGAUAUGAUCUAUUUAGGCAAGAAUGGUGUCAUUAAAAACAAUUCUAAGACGUCUGAUGAGCCGAAUUUUUCAUAUGAGUUUAAUAGACACAUCCUUCGGUAUUGCGCACAACAAACGAGUAUGACUUCUGAUGUCUAUUGCCAUUUACUUGGGACAAAGAAUGGGAGUAUGAAAGGCGCGUUUUACAACUACGCUGAUUGCCCGUGCCAGACUACUGAUGAUGCGUUGUGUCUUGUCAUAUCAAAUGAAAAGUCGAUUGAAAUGGAAGAAGAUGAGUACCAUCUUUCAUUUGUAUUCAAUCGCGUUGACGUUACAUUAGACAAUUUGGGGAUAUCAAGAACAGUCACUGGAAUGAUUGACGAUCUGAUAUUUUCUCUUGGUCUUACCGUACAAAAAGGCGACGCAGACACCAUGUCUGUGAUCACUAAGACUGGGAAAAUAUUCUUGUCAAAUAGCAUUGAAGGUCCAUUCAGACCAUUUCAAAAUAGAACAAUAGACGUUAAGAACCAAAUAACAGUACAAGGCAAUGAAACAGAGUUUUCAGUGGUAUUUGGUAAUGGCGACAAUUACGUGUUAUACUUUAAAAACAUCAACGACUUGUUUCGUAUAACAUUUGAAGAGUUGGACAAACACAUCUUGUUAAUAGGAGAGAAUGGGAUAGUAGUACAAGGGGUGUAUUACCUAUGUAGUUAUGGAACAAUCGUUGACAACAAUUUCACGUGUUUGACUGGCAAGACGGUGAGUUGUGGGGAUGGGUAUUACCCCGAUAGCGACAACAACUUCUGCAACCGUUGCAAGGACUUAAACUGUCUUCAUUGUCAGUCUGACACCUGUGAAGAGUGUACCAUUGGAUAUCGUCUUACAGAUGGUAUAUGUGUUCGAGUGCAUUUAGAUGAGUGUUUGUAUUAUGUCUAUGGACAUUGUAUGUAUUGUGUGACUGGUGGAAUUGUCAACGGAACAUGUCAAGACACUUCACCGUUGAAUGGGUGUGUAAGUUGGUAUGAAGACAAGUGUUAUGAGUGUAACAGUGAGAAUGGAUAUGUCUUAGAAGAUACCCAAUGCGUUUUGAAGAACAACACAAUUCUGCUGUCGAAGUAUGAUGUACUGGGGUGUUCUAAUGGGUAUUACAACAACGACUCUGAGUGUGAGUUGUGCUCGUCGACUUUUGACAACUGCGACUUGUGCACGCCUAAUGAGUGCAUUCAGUGCAAACAAGGGUACAUCCUUUCCAAUGGACAAUGCGAGACAAUGCACUGUCUCCAAUUUGAAAAUUCGGAAACAAAUGAUUGUGUUGAGUGUGAAAACACCUACGCACUUACUGUGAUCAAGAAAUGCACUCCAAAGUUCAUUGGAUGCAAAAUGUACUUGACUGGAGUGUGUGUGGAAUGUGAAAAGGAUUACUACCUCAAGAAUCGUAUCUGUGUUUCGCCCAAUUUGACCACCUCUUGCUCCACACCAUCACCGUAUGGGUGUUUGUCGUGUUCUGUUGGGUAUUAUUUGGACGAUGGUAAAUGCCAAGUGUGUAACAAGAAGUGCUUAGAUUGUGUUGAAUUACCCAAUGAAUGUGUUUCUUGUUCGACAGACACUUUUUUGAAGAACCACGACUGUGUUUCAAACAUCGAGUUGGAUACAAAGUGUGAGACGUACUUACCCAAUGGGAUGUGUAUGAAGUGUCGGAAUGGAUAUUACAUGUUUGACUCGACAUGUUACAUGUGUGAUACAUCUUGUGCCACAUGUGUUGGGGAAGCGAAUCAGUGUGUGUUAUGUAACGGUACAAACUAUAUGCGAGAUGGUAAGUGUCUUCCACAAAGUAGUAUAGUUGGGUGUAAUGUAACUAUAUCCCCUAUAGAAGGGUGUACCCAAUGUCAAGAUGGCUAUUUCAAGAACAACAAAGAGUGUCAGUUAUGCACCCUAAACUGUACAACAUGUGACAAUCCAACGACGUGUUCUUCGUGUAAAUCUGAAUGGAUUUUGCAAACAAAUGGGCUUUGUAAAAGUGUUGAGUACAUAGAAGAGUGUCUUGUUGUGAAAGACUCCAGAUGUGUGAGAUGUACGUUUUGGCAUGCGCCACGAGAAGAUGGGAGUGGGUGUCAAAAGAAGAUGAAUGGGUGGGCAAUAGGGGUGUUUGUUGUUAUCAGUUGCUUAGUCUUUUCCAUCAUGGGGUCCUUGUUCACAACACUGAUUUACUGCUGGUUUAAAGCAAAGAAGAUCAAUAUAGUGCACCAGAACUUACCAUUCAAAUACAAAAAGUCCGAUGUCCACUUCAUGCCACUUGACGAAGUAAUAGGGGUGUCCUGUGAAAACAUUACAUUUGGUAUCGACAAAAUACCAGUAGACUCCCCCACAACCACAUACUUCUAUCUAUGCAACAACUCCAAGAAAAAGAAGAAAAUUCAAAUAAUGACAAAUGAGGGGAUUGAUCGGUACGAUAUUGAAAUAUCGCCAGACUUCUUUUUGUUAAGUCGAGGCGAGGGUAUUAAAAUCGACUUCAGUAUCACCCCACGGUGUACUUGUUCCAUUUCAGAACCAAUCAAAAUUAUUUCGAGUAACACGGAUGGCUGUGAGGAAAUUGUUUCCACGCUCAAAGUUGUUGCAGAGACAAUGAUUUCCACCUUUUUGAAUUAUGAAGAGCUCACAGAAGAAGAGAUGGUUGGGAGAGGCAGUUUUGGUAUAGUUUCUCGUGGUAAAUUCCAAGGGAGGACUGUAGCGAUCAAAAAGAUGUUAUUUGAUUGUGGCGAUGAGUUAACCACCAAAGAGUUUAGAGCUGAGAUUCAGAUGUUAAAUAAGUUCCGAUGUCAAUACAUAGUCUAUUUCUAUGGUGCUGUGUUAAUCAAAUCAAGGAUGUGUCUAGUC